GAUGACGACACCAGCUGGUCUUUGAUUGUGGCUGCUAUAUUCAAAGUGAUCGGUGGCGUGUGAUGGGCAAUAAGUUAUCGCGUGUGUGCAACGAGACGAACGAGACAACACAAAUCCGAAAGAAUUCAAGUAACUGCGAAAGAAGCGUGUAAUACUGACAUGAACUCCUUGAUUCUCACGAAAAUGAUGACCAGCCGCGGUGGAGUUGUUCGACGAUACUCCUCAUUAAAAUUAUGGUACAAUAUAAAUCAUACAAUAAAUGGUACACCUCUAGUUUAUACAGGUUUACACAAUCCAAAUAAACUAUUGAUGGAGCCUAUAUCAUCAUCGAUAUGUAUUAAUAACACAACAUGUCUUCCAAUUCGUACAUUCUAUUUAACUCCAAAUUGGAAAGGCCAGGAGUCAUCGUCUAAAGUUGAAGAAACAGUGAAGAAUAUCAAGGAAGAGAAGGAACUGAAGCAGAAAAUAGUGGGUGGUCUUAUAAAAGAUGAACCGUCAAAGAAAGCUGUUACUAAAGUCACAAUGUGGCAAAAAAUUAAAAGCGAAAUAUUGCAUUAUUAUCAUGGUUUUCGAUUAUUGGGACUUGACAUGAAAGUUUCAGCAAAGUUAAUAUGGAGAAUUUUGCAUGGCAAGGAGCUUAGCAGAAGGGAACAUAACCUGCUGAUAAAGACAACUGGAGAUAUGUUCAGGUUGAUUCCUUUCUCUGUUUUUAUCAUUGUUCCAUUUAUGGAAUUUUUACUUCCUGUAGCAAUUAAAUUAUUCCCUGGUAUGUUACCUUCUACUUUUCAAACAGCAACUGAAAAGGAAGAUAAACUUAAACAGGCCCUAAAGGUCAAAAUAGAAAUGGCCAAGUUUUUGCAAAAAACAUUGGAUGAAAUGGCUGUACAAUCAUCAGACCACAGAUCUGAGAAGGCUAAGGAAUUUGCAGAAUUUUUCUACAAAGUACGCACAAGUGGUACCGUUGCAACUAACGAAGAAAUCAUGAAGUUUAGCAAACUUUUUGAGGAUGAAAUAACUUUGGAUUCUCUAUCACGACCACAGUUAAUCGCUCUAUGUCGUGUACUGGAUGUACAGACACUUGGCACUACUAAUUUCUUAAGAUUUUUGCUUAGAAUGAGAUUGAGAAGUCUUGCUGCAGACGAUAAACUGAUCGAGAAGGAAGGAGUCAACACCCUAACUAGAACUGAGUUACAACAAGCUUGCAGAGCACGCGGUAUGCGUGCUUAUGGAUUGCCAGAGAACAGAUUAAGAGAUCAGUUGUUACAGUGGCUGGAUUUGAGUCUAAAUAAGAAAGUUUCACCUUCUUUAUUGUUAUUAUCACGAGCGCUUAUGAUACCAGAAACGGUGCCUAUGUCGGACAAGUUGAAGGCGACUAUAUCAGCUUUGCCUGAUGCGGUGGUCGCUCGUACGAAAGGCGCCAUCGGGGAGAAAGAGGGUAAACUGGAUCACAGAACGAAUAUUGAGAUUAUAAAAAUGGAGGAACGUAAGAUCGAAGAGGAAAGAAAGGAACAGAAAGAAAUCGAGCCACAACCGAUCAUUUCAGAACCUAGCACUAAAGAAGAUGAAAUUACCACUACAGAUAUGAAAGUUCUAGAACAGGCUCUGGAUUCGAUUGGCAAGGACAAUAAGAAUAUGGCUGUAGAGAAGGAGGAAAUAAAGGAACUUAAAGAAGAAAUGGCCGAAUAUCAAGAGGACAUUAAAGAAUUAAACCAAAUUAAAGCAGAGGCAAAGGGCCAAAUAGAUAUAGAUAAUAUUAAAGUAUCAAAAGGCGCUAUGAGAUUAUUCAAUAAAGUAAAUAAGAUGAUUUCGAAGAUGGACGCUGUUCUGUUGGAACAAUCUGAGAAGAAAAUGAAACAGAGAAUGGAAUCGUUGGGUCCUGACGAGGUAAAGGAUGCCAAAAACGUUGAAGAGUUGGUCAAGAUCGACGAAUUAAUUGCAGCCAUUAAGCAAAUUCAAAAUGUACCCGAUGAACAUCGGCUAAAACGCAUAGCAGAAAUUUUAGGGAAAAUUGAUGAUGAUCAGGACGGUGCUAUCAAAAUAGAAGAUGUCUUAAAGGUUGUAGAACUAAUAGGUCAAGAAGAUGUUAAACUAAGCAAAGAGCAAGUAGACGAAUUAGUAGAUUUAAUGGACAAAGAGGAAGUAUUAUUAAUGGAGGAGCAAAUGCAGAAGUCAUUGCAGAAGAAUUCGAACGAAAACCAGGAAGAAAAUAUGAAAGGCACGCAUAAGUCCACGGUGCCUGCUACGCCAGUAACGAGCGAGCCGGGAUUUGGAAGAGAGGAAUUGCUAGACGAUGCUGUUAGGGAGUCCAGUACAUCUCACACGGGCUCGUCUAUCGAGGAGAGCAAACAGAAAUCGGCCGCUAUCCUCAAAAGUAAUUCCAAAUCUGAGGAAGUGAAAAAUGCCCCACUUAGACCGAAUGUUCCACCGACACCGAAGAAGGCGGAAGGUUCCAAACAACUGUGAUUAUCGCACAAUGAAGCAUAAAUUAAUAUAUCUAAUUAUCGGAGCAAUAUUUUUACCAAAAUUUGACACCACAAAGUUUUGGUAUGGAUCUUCGUCUGUAUGUUGUAUCCCGCACAUGUUCUUAUUUUUCGUUUUCUUCUUUCCAUCCUUAGCAAAUCUUUCCGACAUUAUUUGCUGCAAGUAGAGAACGCAUCGUUAUUACGGUGAAAGUUAGUUAAACGUUUUGUACUCGUGCGAAGCACAAAGACAGGUUAAAAUAAUUGGUCGUCGCUGAGGUAGAGCCGAUAUAACAUUGCGUUGGUACAUUAUACAUAGGAUGUAUACGUGGAUAUACGUCUGCUAAUGUCUGUCAUAUGAAAUAUCGAAUUAAUAGGUUAUCUUCAAUUUCGUACCAUAAACAGACACACAUAUACACAACCUCGAAGUUUCCAUUCGAAGACUGUGAUGCAUUUAACAGCAUCAUUUAUUACACUGUAUCUUUUUAUCAGUAAUAUAUAUACUUGUGCUAAAUAUGUUACUAAAUGUUCAUUCACCGAAGUUUAUCGUCGAUGUUACGCGUUAAUUCUUCUCAAGAAUAUUCUGCAACGUUGUUAACAACGAUAGAUAAACGAGGUAUUAAAAAAAGAAGUGUUCGGUCUCUGUUAUGAUAUACAGAUUAACUGCAGUGCAUCCAGAAAGUAAUCAUUCCAUCUGUCUGAACGCCAUUCUUGUACAUUUGUGAUAUAUUUGACAUACUGAUAGUUGUAAUUCAGAACAGCAGUCGUAAAUUGCACGCGAAUUACUUUGCAGUUUCAACAGUUUGGGCUAUUUGGCGAAAGAGCGAGAUACAUCUAUACAUAAAAAAAUGUACAGUAAUUUAUAAUUUAUUUUAUCACUUGUAAAGCAGAGGGACAUGAUCCUACGUCAUAUAUAUAUAUAUAUAUAUAUAUAUUAUAUAAAAGUGGAUAAAGUGUAAAAAUAUAUUAUGUAUAUGUACAAGUAUUACCCGCGCUCAUCUUACGUAGAGUGCUACAUUUGCAGAAGAAACUUUAUUAAAAACUUAGUAUUUCUAUUUAUGACGAAAUAUUGUAUCGGUAUUGCAGUGUCACAUAAAAAAUCGGGAGAUAUUUAUAUGUACAUUUGCAUUAUUCUUAACAAUGUUAACCGGGCGAAGACCAUUUGAAAUGUAUUAUAAAAACAUGAAUUUUCAACAUAAACUUUCAGAAGAUUA